UCUCAGUUUAGUUCAAAAAAAAUUAUAUUCGCAUCUGAUUAGCAUUUACCAAAUUUAAACAGUCGAGAGAUCAAUUUAUCGAGCUAUAACAGUCAGAACUAAAAAAGGCAGAGAUAUAACAGGUAAAUACUAAGGAACCUUUUUGUGUGAGUUUUAAACAUUCUUCUAAUUUUCUUGUAUGGUGGAGUCACUAAUCUAUGAUACUACACAUGAAUUCCAGGAAUAGCCAUUGGGGCAAGUGCUUUCAUAGUGAUAGUAGCACUAUUUCUUAUUGUUGUUUAUCGAAAGAGGUCAUCCUACUUUAGAUGGAUCCAAAGUUGUGUUGCAAGCGAACCGAUGAAUUCAGGGUCUAUUGGGAAAGUGGAGAAUUUUCUCCAAAGUUAUAUUCAUGAAAUGCCGACCAGAUAUUCAUUCUCUCAGCUAAAGAAGAUCACUAACGACUUUUCAGAUAAACUUGGGGAAGGAGGAUUCGGCAUGGUUUAUAAAGGAAAGCUCCCGAGCGGUUUUUUUGUGGCUGUAAAACUUUUGGAUCAGUCGAGACAGAGUGAGAGCCAGUUCAUGAAUGAGGUUGCAACUCUGGGAACCAUUCAUCACGUUCACUUGGUUCGCCUCGUGGGUUAUUGUUUUGAAGGUUUCAGAAGCCCACUUGUAUAUGAGUACAUGGCCAAUGGAUCCCUAGAGAAGUUUCUAUUUCAAGGAAAAGAACAAGAACAGAAGCUCAGUUGGGAGCAAUUGUAUUCAAUUGCUUUGGGCGCUGCGCGCGGAAUUGCGUAUUUGCACCAAGAUUGUAACAGGCGCAUCAUUCAUUUUGACAUUAAGCCUCACAAUAUUUUACUGGAUGCAGAUUUCACGCCCAAAGUAGCUGAUUUUGGUCUCGCUAAACUGUAUGGGAAGGGAGACGACCACGUAUCAAUUACGGCAACCAGAGGGACGCCAGGAUAUGUUGCGCCAGAGGUGUGGAAUAUAAAUUUGGGAGGUGUAACAGACAAAUCAGAUGUUUACAGUUUUGGAAUGCUAUUAAUGGAGAUAGCGGGAAGGAGGAAGAACAUUGAGUUGCAGGUGAGCCAUUCGAGUCAACUUUAUUUUCCGGAAUGGGCGUUCAAAUUGAUAGAAAGUGGGGAGUUGGAAAAGAGGUUGAGAGAAAAAGGUCGAUGCGACAUGGAAGUGGAAGAUGAAGAGAAGGUGAGGAGAAUGACGAAAGUAGGACUUUGGUGUAUUCAAUACAAUUCCAAUGACCGACCAUCAAUGAGCAGGGUGGUACAAAUGCUGGAAGGAAACGGUGAUGAUGUAAGCAAUCCUCCAUUACCUUUCAACUCCUCCCCACCGCGUGAAGUACCAUUGUCAUCUUCCUCCGAAGAAUAUUCAUCCGUGGUAUAGAGUCCACGAAGACUCCUAAUCUACCCAUCAAUCUAGAAAUAUCUUCAUCCAUGGUAUAGAGAAACGAAGAGGAUUUGGACGAUUAUGAGAUGAUGCAAGGAGCAUCUUUAUUAUAUGGAAACGAAUAUUAUAUAUUUCUGAUGUAAGAAU